UUCAAGAGCAAGAGAUUUGCUGGAUCGUUUAGCCUGCACUACAAACCGCUGCAAUGGAUGAGGGCAUAGUGGAGUAUGAGAAGGGGCACAUUAAGAAGCUGCAGGAGCAGCGCAUGUUCAUGCAGAAGAAGACUUUUACCAACUGGAUGAACAACAUCUACAGAGAACAUGGCAGCGUCCCGAUUGAAGACAUAUACAUUGAUCUAAAGGAUGGGCUGUAUCUCAUGCGUUUACUGGAGUUCAUUUCUGGAGAGCCGUUGCCAAGACCGGCUCGCGGAGUGAUGAGGGUGCAUUACUUGGAAAACAACAGCAAAGCAUUGACAUUCCUUAAAUCCAAGGUGCCGGUGAAGUUAAUUGGUCCAGAGAAUAUUGUAGAUGGAGAUCGAAUAUUAAUUCUAGGUCUGAUAUGGAUCAUAAUUCUCCGGUUCCAGAUAUCCUGCAUAACUCUGGAUAAGGAGGAGUUUGGAGCAAACGCCGCGCAGGUAUCGGCGAAGGAAGCUCUACUAAUAUGGUGUCAGCGCAAAACAGCCAGUUACUCAAACGUCAAUGUUCAGGAUUUCUCGGGUAGUUGGCGAGAUGGCCUCGCAUUUAAUGCACUGAUUCACGCACACAGGCCCGAUCUCAUAGACUACCAUUCUCUGAAGGCCAAGCAGCCGCUGUAUAACCUGAACAAUGCUUUCAACGUAGCGGACACAAAGCUUGGGAUUUCCAAACUCCUGGAUGCAGAGGAUGUAGCUGUACCCCAUCCAGACGAGAGGUCCAUCAUGACAUACGUGUCUCUGUAUUAUCACUAUUUCUCCAAGAUGAAACAGGGACAAACUGUCCAGAAGAGAAUUGGAAAUAUUAUGUCCCUGGUACUUGAGAUUGAAAACCUAAAGUUCCAGUAUGAGUCCAUGAUAUCUGACCUCCUCAAAUGGAUCCAGCAGAAAGUGGUGGAGUUAAAUAAUCGUCAGUUCCCUAACACCAUAACAGAGUUACUGCAACUCAUGGUCAAGUUUAAGACCUUUCGCACAGUUGAGAAACCUCCAAAGUACCAAGAAAGGGGUUUAAUUGAAGCACAUUUCUUUAAUAUCCGAACCAAGCUGCGGGGAAACAAUCUCCGUCCAUACUUUCCACCAGAAGGGAAGACUCUGAGUGAUGUGGAGAGGUAUUGGGCCGUCUUGGAAAAAGCAGAGCAUGAGCGCGAGAAAGCUCUUCAGGGGGAGAUGCUGCGGCUUGAACGUCUGGAGCAGUUGGCUCAGAUGUUUCACAAGAAAGCAUACCUUAGGGGAACUUACCUACAAGAUAUGAAGCAGGUCAUUGAGCGCCAAGACUUUCGACCUAACAACAUCUCACAAGUGGAAGCUGCAACCAAAAAGCUGGAGGCAAUCGAAGCUGAUGUACUUCCUCGUGAACAGCGCUUCACGACACUCGCAGAGAUCGCGGCCAUUCUAGAGAAAGAGAAUUAUUUUAAGAAGGCAGAAAUUCUAAAAAAGCAACAAGACUUAUCAAGAGGGUGGCGUGAACUUAUGGAGCUCCUGAGAAAACACAAAGAUUUCCUUGGGGAAAAGAGGCAGCUGCUGGUCUUAUUGAUGGAUGUUGAUAGUGUCACCGAUGAAUUAAAAGCCAUGCAGGUUUUAGUUGGUUCUAAAGACUUUGGGAAGCAGCUCCCUGAGGUGGAAGACCUCCUGCAGAAGCACAGCCUAAAUGAGUCACAAAUCUUGUCAUAUGGUGAACGAGUUCGGCAGAUUUUAAGCAGGGCAGACAAAAUCCCUCUGGGUAAAGGCAACGUGGACGUCCUAGAAACAAAGAUGAAAAAUCUCAAUCAGCUGUAUCAGAGCCUGGUCUCCCUCAGCAAAUCCCGACGGUCACAGCUCGAGGAGAUGUUGAAGCUGUUUGUUUUUUACCGGGAUUGCGGAGAAGAAGAGGCUUGGAUUUAUGAGAAAUGGCAGGUGCUGAGGAUGGCGGACCCUGGGAGAGACCUUAGCCACAUUACAGCAUCCAUACAGAAGCACAAGGCUUUGGAAGCAGAGAUGUAUUCUCGCCAGCCGAUAUUGACCAAGGUGGUGAGGAAUGGAAGGGAGCUUUGCCAAAAAAGCCACACCGACCACGCGGACAUUGAAAUGAAGAUUGAUAACAUUCAGAAACAAUGGCAGCUGCUUCAAGAUGAGGUGAAAAGAUAUAAAAGUCGUCUGGAAUUGGCGCUACUCAUCAAACAGUACUUUGCUGAUGCCGGGGAAGCGGACUCGUGGCUGAGAGAUCACCUGCCCCUUGUAAAUAGCAAGGACUACGGCAAAGAUGAAUCCAGUGUGGAAUCAAUACUGCAACGCCACCUGCGACUGGAAAAAGACAUUGCUGCCUACGCAACGGAAGUGAGACGACUCGGAGACCAAGCUCAUAUCGUGGCGAGCAAAAUACCAACGCAAGCUGAAAACAAACCGGUCAUUGCAAUGAUCACUCAGGAGAAAAGCAGACCUUUGAAGAGAAGCUACACACCACUAAGUUAUGGCAAGGCUGACCAGCAUGAACAGGACUCUCAGAUGGAACCCGAAAACAUCCUAGGUUUCCAAAAAUCCAUAGAAUCCUCCUAUGAAAACCUUCAAGAGCUGGCUAAGAGAAGGAAGAAAGCUCUGGAAGACAUGGUCCGACUCUACCAGUUCUAUAGCUUGUGCGGAGAAUUCCAGUCCUGGAUGGAUGACAAAGAGACAAUCUUUCAGACGCUCCAACCAAAUCCUGACAAUGUAGAAGUCAUGCAGCUAAAAUAUGAGAAUUUCUUGACUGAUUUAGCAGCUGGGAAAGCACGUCUAGAUAAGAUUAAUAGUCUAGCCAAGGAAUUGGUCAACAUAGCUCCCGAAAUGAAGGACGAAAUAUUGAACUACCAGAGGUCCAUUAGUAAGAGCUGGGAUCGUCUCGAGGUUUUGAAAGAAAAGAAAGGUGAAGAACUGAUCGGUUUAGCAGAUGUCAAGACUUUCCUCCAGAACUGUCAAAACACAGAGAUUCUAAUGCAAGAGAAGUUGAAGGAGCUUGAGGCUUCCAAGCCAACGACUGGUUCUGGAAACCUAGAGUCUGAGGAACGUGAGCUAAAUGCCCACGAAAGGGACAUCCAGGCGCUGGAGAGAAAGAUUGCCUACUUGAAGAGUGUGGAAGAAUCGCUCAGAGAUUCAAACCCUCAAGAGAGCUUGGCAAUCAGGAAGCAAAUAGAAGAGAUGGAAAGACUUCUUGGGAAGAUGAAAGAGCAGGCCAACGAAAAGAAAGAAAUAUUACGUGAAGCCAAAGAGCGGAAAAUAUUCCUGCAAGACAGCCGCAGGCAGCUCCUGUGGGUGCAGGACAUGCAGGAGAAGUUGAAAAGUGAUGAAAUGGGCACCGAUGUGGCUUCAGCAGAGCAGCUUCUAAGAGACCAUCAGUACUUGCUUAGAGAGAUCCAGGGACAGACAGAACGAAUAAUUGAACUCCAGAAAAUGGGCCAAGCAGCACUGCAACAUGACUCCAAUAGUCCAGAAGAAGUUCAGGAAGCCUUAUUAACGCUUGCUCAGGAGUACAACACCCUCGGCGAUCUAUGGGUUGAAAGAAAAGACAAACUUGACCAAGGGUUAUCGCUACAAAAAUUUCUUCGAGAAGCAGACAGGAUUAAUGCAACCCUUUCCAGCCAUGAAACGUUUCUGAAGUUGGAUGACCUUGGUGAUCAACUGGACACCGUUCAAAGCCUUGUAAACAGACACGAACAAUUUGUAAAACUGCUUGCCACGUUGGAGAACCGAGUGGAUAUUCUCCAAGACCACGGGGAAAGUCUGAUCCAAGAUGAACACUUUGCCAGCAGCUUGAUAAAGCAAAGAGUAUAUGACACACAGAAAAGGCUUGGUGAUAUAAUGCGUAAAAGUGAGAAAAGACAAAAAUGCUUACUGGAUUCCCUGAGACUUCAGGAAUUUAAUCGUGAUGCGGCUGAGCUGCUGAUGUGGAUGGAGGAGAAGUACAAGAUUGCACUCGAUGAGUCUUACCGGGACCCAACAAAUAUCCUGCGGAAGCUGAAGUGGCACGAGGCUGCAGAAAAGGAAAUGGAGGCACACCAAGUUCGCUUUGAAGAGCUUCUCAAGGUUGGACAGCAGUUGGUAAAAGAAGACCAUUUUUCCAAAGAUGCCAUCCAGAAGAAGGCACUGGAAGUUUCCAGGAAGUGGGAAGAUCUUAACAGGAAAAUGUCGGAGAGGGGAGAUAAACUCCGACAGGCUGGUCAGCAAGAACAGCUCAUGGAGCUUCUGCAGGAUGCCAAAGUAAAAAUUGAGAAGAUUGAGAAGGUUUUGCAAUCACCGGAAUCCGGUCACGACCUAAGGACAAGCAGAGACUUGCUCAAAGAACACCGUCAGCUCGAGAAUGAAGCUAGGGAACUGGCAGACAAAAUGAACUCGAUCGUCUCCCAUGCACAGAAAAUGGCCACCAACCAUUUCAACUCACAGGAGAUUAUGGAUGAGACCAUGAAGUAUCUUAGACGGUUUGAAUCCUUGCAGGACCCUCUGGCCAGGAGACGGGCGUUCUUGGAGGCCAAAGUGAAUCAGUAUGAGUUUUAUCACUAUUAUGACUGGGAGAUGACUUGGAUUGCGGAAAAGAUGCCAAUUGCAAGCUCCACUAACUUUGGUAAAUCCCUGGACACUGCUCAAAGCCUGCUCCAGAAGCACAAGGAGUUGCAAGCAGAGGUGACCGCCCACACCCAGCAGCUGCAGAGAGUCCUAGAAAUGGGUAAAUCACUGAUCGCCAGCAGUCACCCCGAAUCUCACAUCAUAGCUGACAAAAACAAGGAGCUGAACCAAGCGUGGUCGGAACUGGAGGAGGCCUGCGAGGAACGCAUGAUGACCCUGCAGAAAGCUGUUAAAUUUCAGCAGUUCCUGCUGGAUGUAGCAGAAAUGGACAGCUGGCUCGCAGAGAAACUCCCAUUAGUUAACAGUAAAGAUUAUGGUAAAGAGGAGGCAACAACCGUGAAACUAAUGAAAAAACACCAGGGCUUACAACAGGAGAUUGAGCUGUACGAGAGCCUUGUAUCAGACCUGGGACGCAAUGCACAGAGUCUGCCGUUGCCUUUUUCUGUGGUAUAUGAUGAAGUCGAUGCACCAGUUGGACGAAUACAUACACAAUUUAAAGAUCUUCGGGACAGAUCAUCCUUGAGGUGGGGGAAGCUGGAAGAGGCCCUGGCUUUACAUGAAUAUUUCCGCGAGUCUCGGGAUCUGCAGGAAUGGAUCAAUCAGCAGAGACAGACGGCUAAUUCUGAGGACUACGGGAGUGACUAUGAACAAGUAUUGCAUUUGCUGGCAAAGUUCGACACCUUCCAACACCAGAUGGACACAGCCGGCCAGAGGAUUGCUGCGUGUCAGCAACUUGCCGAUAAUCUCCUGGAUCAGGGACAUUCCGAUUCUAUGCAGAUUGUUCAGAAACAGAAGGAACUGAGAGCAUCUUGGGAAGAACUUAAACUGGCAACUAAAGAGAGAGCAAGGUGUCUGAGGAAUGCUGAAAUAGUGCAUAAAUGUCUCUGGGACCUCACAGAAGCCCUCACUCAAAUAGAGGAGAAAUCAAAAAGUGUUCCCGAUGACUUUGCCAAAGAUCUCCGCGGCGUCCAGUCCCAGCUUCGUAAGCAUGAGGCUUUGGAACAUGAGUUGUCUGGGAAUGAACAGCAGCUACAAGAGGUGAUUGAUGCAGCUGAUGAGGCAUUGCACAAAUCAAAUGACGAGCAGCGUUUAAGUUUGCGCAAAAAACAGCAGGAAGUGGUGGACAGAUGGGACUCGCUGAAGAUCAAAGUGGAUAAUCGGAGGUCGGACCUGGAGCAGGCUUGCCGACUCUAUCUCUUCUUAGCAGCUGUGCGUGACUUUUUCUCUUGGGCAGCCGAGAUAACCCGUGAAAUGAAUGCGGAAGAGACCAUACGAGGUGUCCUUGCGAGCAGUGAGAAAUUGAAAGCACACCAAGAUCUCAAGCAGCAAAUAGAAGCCCACCAAGAGUCCUACAAUCAGGCCAAGGUCAUCGGUCAAAGCCUUCUACAGAACAAGAAAGUCAACGAGGCUCAGACAAAGGAAAAGCUCCAGGCUCUUGAAGAAGAGAACGCAAAGCUCUAUCAGCAAUGGGAGUUAAAGAGGAAGCUGUUGGAACAGGUGCAUUUAGAGCAAGUGUUUUAUCGGGAUAUCGACAACAUGGAGAAGAUCCUGAAUUCUCAGGAGGUUUCCUUGAAGUCAAGUGAUCUUGGGACCACUGUCGGUGAAAUUGAACAGCUGAUCAAAAGACACGAGGCCUUCGAAAAACUUCUUGCUUCCCAGGAGGAAAAGGUGACCUCAUUGCAAGACCAGGCAGCCAAGCUUCUGGACAGCGACCGGAAAGUAGAGAGUAGGCAGGUGAACGAUAAACUCAACUCCGUACUAGAGAGGAGGAAGAGGGUGAAAAGUCUUAGCCAAACCCGUAUGAAAGAGCUGGAUACGGCACGGUUAUUGGCCCUCUUCAAUCAAAUCCUAACUGAGGCACACUACUGGAUCAAUGAGAGAAUGCAGAUGUUGGAUGAUAGCCAUCAAGGCCCUACAGACUUACAAAGUAAGCUAAAAAUGCUGCAGAAGCAUCAAGUUUUCGAGGCAGAAAUCCUGGCUCACGAAAAGAUUAUACAGGAUGUAACAGAGAAAGGAAACUCCCUGAUAUCUCAGCAACAUCCGAAGUCAACCGAGAUCCGGAGAAAGAGUCAGAACCUGCAGGAGGAGUGGGAGAAGCUGAAGAAAUCGGUGGCUGUCCGAGGCAAAAUGUUAGAGGACAAAAGAGACUUGUUGGAAUUCCUGCAGAAAGUGGAUGAGGUAGAGGCGUGGAUCAGAGAGAAGGAAGUAAUGAUCAACGUCGGCGAUGUUGGUGAAGAUUAUGAACACUGUCUGCAGCUGACAAGGAAGCUGAAUGAGUUUCGAGGAGCAGGGUCUGGUGAUGUGACUGUCGAUGAUGCUCAUAUAAAAGCCAUUAAUGCCUUGGCCACAAAGCUUGAAAGGCAAAAUCAAGAAGAAGUGAAGACUAUUUACCAACGACGCCAGCAACUGAAUGAGAAGUGGAACAGUUUCCAUGGUGAUCUAAAUAAAUACCGUAAAGCCUUGGAGGGAGCGUUGGAAAUUCAUGCCUUGAUCCGUGAAAUCGAUGAUGUUAAUGAGAGAAUCAGCGAGAAGAGUGUGCUCAUGCAAGCUCUGGACUACGGUAAGGAUGCAGAGAGUGUGGAAAAUCUGAUCCGAAGACAUGAAGAAACUUUACGAGAGAUCAACGUUAUUCAGUCCCAGAAAGAGUCCUUAAAUCAAGAAGCCAAUCGCCUGUCCAGAAGAAAUCCAUCCUUAAACGAGAAUUUGACCUUGAAGGAACGAGAGAUGGAUGACAACUGGAAAAAACUCCAGAUCAAUGCCACGGAAAGGAAAGAGAAAUUGGAGGCCUCGUACCAUCUGCAAAGAUUCAACUCUGAUAUCCGUGAGAUGACGAACUGGAUGCAAAAACUACAAACUCUCAUGGAAGGCAGUCAUUUGCCCAAAAACCUAGGUGACGUUGAAGCCAGGAUUGAAGAACACCAAGAGAGAAAGGCUGAGAUAGAGGCGCGAAGUGAAAGAUAUAACUUGAUCAGGAACUCGGGUCAGAACCUCAGCAGCUCUGGACACUAUGCCUCCGGUGAAAUCCAGGCGUCUCUGUCCAAGGCAGAGCAGGCUUGGUCGGAUCUUAUUAAAGCUUGGAGAGAACAGAACGUGAAGCUGUGUCAGGCUCGUGACCUGCAGACAUUUCUGCGCAUUGUGGAGCAUAAUGAGAGUUGGCUUAACAGUAAGGAGGCGUUUCUUGGAAAUGAAGACUUGGGGGACGCUCUAGCAAGUGUUGAAAGCUUGCAGCGCAAGCAUGAGAAAUUUAAGAAAGCCCUAGAUGCUCAGAUGGACAAAAUUGAUGAAAUGGAAUCCUUUGCAAAACAGCUCCAUGAAAACCAGCAUUAUGACUCGGAGACCAUCGCUAGUAAAUGUCAAGCUGUGCUGGACAGGAAAAAAAACCUCCUGAACAUGGCUGAAUCCCGAGAGAAGAAGCUGGAGGAGUCCAGGCAGCUGCAGAAAUUCCUCCGGAGCUCAUACGAGGUGGGGUCCUGGAUGCUGGAGAAGAAUAGUAUUGCUCUGGAUGAGAGCUGGCUGGAUCCCAGCAAUUUGCAGACCAAGAUACAGAAACAUCAGGCGUUUGAAGCAGAGAUAAAAGCAAACCGGAACCGCCUGGACACUAUCAAGGCUGAAGGUGAGAAGAUGCUGCAGGCUGGUCAUUACGCCCCAGACAUCAUCCGCACCAGACUCCAAGAAAUGGAAGAACUGUGGGAGGAACUUCUGGAAAAGUGCAAUGAAAAAGGAACCAAGCUGCAGGACGCCUACAAGGCACUGAAUUUCCAGAGGAGCCUGGAGGAUAUUGAGAAAUGGCUUGACCAAGUGAGUGCCAAAUUAAACCCUGGAGACAAGAGUAAAGAUGUGAUGACACUUGAACAACUUGGAGAGGUAGAAGAAGACAUUUCCAGUCACGGCGAGAGACUGCAAGGGUUGAUGAAUAAAUCCCGGGAAUUCCGACAAGAAAACCACUUUCUAGCAGAUGAGAUAGAAGACAGAGUUAGGAUUAUAAUACACAGGUACAAGAACCUUAGCGAGCCUUUACAGGAGUGCCAGGCAGCUCUUGAAGCAAUGAAGUUGCUCGAUCAGUUUUUCCGCGAUAUCGAUGAUGAACUGGACUGGAUACAGGAGAAGCAACCUUUAGCUUCAUCCAAAGAAUGUGGACAGUCACUGACCGUAGCCCAAGCCUUGCUUGAAAAGCACCAGAAUCUCGAAAACGAGAUCAAAAGCCGAGAACCUUUGACCAAAGCGGUGAUGGCCACAGGGCGCAAACUGGUAAGAGGGAACCAUUUUGCCAGUCGUGAGAUUGAAGAACGUUUGCAGCAGCUGGAAGUAGCUUCUGAAACUUUGAAAGCUGAAGCUGAUCGGCGAGGGAAGAGACUAACGAAAGCUUGUGAAGCCCAGCAAUUUCUUACAGAGCUUCUAGAAGCAGAGACAUGGAUGGCUGAAAGAGGGUUUGUAAUAAAGUCCACUGAUGCUGGGAAGAAUGAGGAAUCCACUCAAGCUCUGUUGCGGAAGUUGGACACCACCAUACGGGACCUUGAGGGCUUUGAGCCAAGGAUCAAUAAAUUGAGAGAUACAGGAAAAACUCUGCAGAGUGACACUGACAAUCCAGAAAGUGCCACCGUAAUUCCAAAGCUCCAGUCUGUACUGGAAGAGUACGGUUCUCUUCUAAAGCGAGCAGGGACUCGACGUGGUCUGUUACAGGAGCAACACCAGCUUUUCCAAUUCCAGAGAGAAGCAGGUCUGGUAGAGACUUGGCUAAACAGCAAGAAGACUACAGCAGAAUCCGAAAACUUUGGCCAAGAUCUUGAAGACAUUAAGGUGUUAGAAAAACAGUUUGAGAAUUUUGUGAAAGAGGUGGAGACCUUGGGUCAGAGCAAGAUGCUCAGUUUAAAUGAACUGGCUUCAAAUCUGAUGAAAACUAAUCACAACGUGGGUAAUGAAAUCAAGACCAGGACAGAAGAGGUUAACAGCACCUGGGACGGACUGUGUCACUCUAUUGAAAACCGAGCCAAGAUCUUGGCUACUGCUCACCAGGUGCAUCAGUUCGAUCACGAAGUUGAUGAAUUGUUGAGUUGGAUUCAAGAAAAAGAAGUGGUAGCUAAAACCGAUGACUAUGGCUAUGACCUCCCAGGAGUGCAGACACUGCUCAGCCAGCAUGAAAGUUUCGAGAGGGAUCUUGCAGCCAUUAAGAAAGAGGUGGAACGGAUCUUUAAGAUGGGACAAUAUAUAUGCGAGCUCCACCCGCCUGUCCAAAGCAACGUAGCCGAGAGACUGGAAGAAGUGUCCAAUUACUGGGGGAGUCUUUUCAGGAAAUCCCAGGAGAGGAAAGAGAGGCUCAGCCAAGCAGAGCAAGUCCAGAUCUAUUUUAAUGAUUGUGUAGAAUUAAUAAUUUGGGCUAAAGAGAUGCACGCCCUGGUGGUAUCGGAGGAGUUGGCCAACGAUGUAGCCGGGGCUGAACUGCUGAUAAAACGUCAUGAGGAAUACAAAAGAGAGAUUGAUAAGCACUGGGUGAAAUAUGAGGAGCUUAUCAGCAUGGGCAAAGCACUAAUCGAGAAAGGACAUUUCAUGUCGGUGGAGAUUGUGGAGAAAGUCCAUGAGCUGUCUGAGCUGAUGAACAACGUGUCUGAUAGCUGGACAAGACGAAAGGAGAUUUAUGAAGAAAACUUGGAGAUUCAGCUGUUGCGGAGAGACCUGGAGCAGGCCGAUGGUUGGCUGAACACUCGCGAAUCAUACCUUUUGGAUCCCAACUAUGGGGACUCGCUGUCUAAUGUCGAAGUGCUGCUGAAGAAGCAGGAAGACUUUGAAAAGAUGCUAGCGGCCCAAGAUGAAAAAUUUGAUCUUCUAAAGAGACAAACGAGGAGAGAACAAAAUAUUCCAAGACAACGCGAUGUAGAAGAAAAAGAGGCCAAACAGCCAGAAACAUUCAUCAAAGUGCCUUCGCUUAAGAGGAAGCCUUCCGACAGGAGAAUACUUGGCCCCCGACUAACCAAUGUAAAGAAUGUGUCCACAACUGGUACCUCCUUGAAAUCUCCUAUAGAAACUGUAAGUUCUCCCCCGUGGAAAGAAAACUCAGUGGAACGAUCUUUGUUUGAUAUUGGAACUAAAGAAACUGAAAGUUCAUCUGCACAAGAAACGUACACUCCCAAAGACCAGACUCCCACCACCCCAAAUCUGAUUACUUAUUUGGAGGACAGUUCAACUUUACCACCAUCGACCGGAGUCAGAGAUCAAACUGUGACCACCACAGCAGAUCGUUUCCAGAGAUAUGAUCUCCCAGACAUGGUGAAAAAUGAGAAUUAUCCAACGUUACUAUCCCAAACUCCGAUUAAUUUUAAACCUAUGCCUGUACUUAAAUUUGUUGCAAACACAGAAACUGACUCUUCACAAAGUCCACUUGUUUCUUCACCGCCCUCAGAGUCUACAGAGAGAAGAAUUUUUGACACUACGUCUCAACCGUUGCCUAAACCUCGCCUGAACACAUCGUAUAAAUCUCUGGAUAUGUCCGUUACAGCGGCGGUGCCCUCUCUGGAACCAUUCAGUAUCCCGAGCAGUGUUUUGGACACUACGUCUCAACCGUUGCCUAAACCUCGCCUGAACACAUCGUAUAAAUCUGUGGAUAUGUCCGUUACAUCGGCGGUGCCCUCUCCGGAACCAUUCAUUAUCCCCAGCAGUGCUUUGGAUACGACAUCACUUCCCGAAAACAUGGAUGUGUCCGUUACACCGCUAGUGCCCUCUCAGGAACCAUACAGGAUCCCCAGCAGUGUUUUGAGUCCUGCUUUUGACAGGAAAAUAAAUGGAUUUCUGGAAGCCAGGCAAAAGCUUCUGCCUGGAGGCAAGGAAAAUCCAACUAAUUAUUGGAAUGAUUACUUUGUCACACUGCACGGACAGACAAUGCACUUCUACAACUCCAAGAAAGAUGAAGACAAGAAUGAAACUGCAGUCCCUUCGAUCAGUGUUGUGGAUGCGAAGUGUGAAAAGAUAAAGGAUCUGUCUUUCAAAUCAAACGUCUUCAGUGUGAGGGUGUCCGAUGGAUCCGAAUUAAUCUUCUCAGCUCCUUCAAACAAGAAGAUGGAGGUGUGGAUACAAGCUAUUGAGGGAAGACCUGCAGAUGAUGAUGGCUCACAGAAAAGAUCUGUAGCUGCUUACACUCCGAUUACCGAGAUGCCAAGGAGAACCAUGUCUUUUGAACCAGAUUUAAAUGGGCAAACAUUUUCUGCUACUAGAAUUACACUGGACCCGGCGAAGGGAAGCACAGAAGAUUUUUACAAAACAAUGUUAGUGGAGACGGACGACACAAAAGAGAAGCCAAAGAAAGAGAAAAAUGUUUUCAAAAAGUUUUUUCACAAAAAGUAAAAAUAAACCAUCCGCAAGGAUGCAUCACAAAAUGAUUUUAGGUAAAGCUAACGGCAAUUUCUAAUGGUUUCUGCGAUUUAUGAAAAGAAAGUGCUCGGUUUGUGUUCAGGACCAUUUUAAUACCAACUGGAGAACAUUGAAAUAUAGAUUAUUUAUAAGGGAAGACUUCAUCCAUGAAUACAUUUUUAUUGUCUGUUCUUUGACAGAUCUCUGUAGGCCUUUAAACGGGUCAUACAAUCUGCAGAUUGGACCUGCGAGGGCCGGCAGGGGAAUUAAGAGGGCACAUUCCUAAAUUCUGGAAUUCACUAUGAAUUCUCACUGUUGUGAAUAACCCAGUCUGUGUCUUGCACAGAUCUCAUUGAAUUCUAUGUCAUGCUGUGCAUAUAUGAUGUCACACUUGGUGACAUCAGCAGCCUCCAUUUGUCAAACAUCUCAAAUCGCACGCACUGCGAGCGUAAAACCUUCUGCUCACAAAACAAACGUCACACUGAGAGGUGCCUUUAUGUAAACAUUACUGUAAUUCGCAUU